ACCAAAAGAUCAUUAAAAAUCUGCUGUUAUAAAAAGCUUCCCCUCGGUUUAAUUGACGCACACACAAUAACUACAUCUAAAAGCGUAGACAACACAUCAUUCAACGAGAAGAUCACGAUGAAUGUAGCUCUAAUAAAAUUCUUAUCUUUGCUGACACUGGCUAUAUGCCAUUGCGAUGCCAUUAAUAUAAAACCACGCAGCAGCUGGGGAGCUGUGGCAGCACGUUCUCCAGCUCGAAUCAAUGGUGCUGUGGACUAUGUUAUUAUUCAUCAUUCCGACAAUCCAAAUGGAUGUAAUACGGAAACAUCCUGCCAACGUCUGAUUAAAAAUAUUCAGAGCGACCACAAGGGCCGUCGUAACUUCAGCGACAUUGGCUACAACUUUAUUAUAGGCGGCGAUGGAAAUGUAUACGAAGGCAGAGGAUGGGGAUACCAAGGCUCGCAUGCGCCAAAGUACAAUCGCAACAGCAUUGGCAUUGUCUUCCUGGGCAACUUUGAAAGCAAUAAACCAUCGGAAAAUAUGUUGCAAAAUGCCAAAGACUUGAUAGCUGAGGCCGUAAGUGGUUGAUACUUAAAAGAAAAUUAUACUUUAUUGGGACAUCGUCAAACCAAAGCAACGUCAUGUCCUGGUACAGCACUGUAUAAUGAAAUAAAAACCUGGCCUCAUUGGAAAAACAUUUAGGCCCUAGUGAGAACAUAAUGAAUUCUAUUAAAAGUAACAAAUGGAUUAGGCUAGAAAGUGAUAUAUAAUGCCAUAUUUAUGCUAUUGCUAAAAUAUUAUUAAAAAAAAAAAACAAAAAAAACAAAAUAAAAA